UUAGAAACGUGACAGUUCGUAUAUACCAACACUUGCGGUUGAAGUUAUCACUAUUAUCACUAGAUCAAAAUCUAGGCGAUGAUUUCACCACCAGUACUUUAAAAAGUCAUCUGUAUUGUUAGUAGUUGCAGUUCACGUCUCGCUGUUACUCUCACUGGAUAGAACAUGGCAACGAAGUACAAGCUGACAUAUUUCAACGGCAGGGGGCGGGCAGAGGCCAUCAGAUGGUUGCUGGUUUAUAUGGAUGAGGAGUUUGAGGAUGUCAGGAUAGACUCUGAGGAUUGGCUGAAAAUGAAACAAACUACCCCCUUCGGCCAGUUGCCGCUGUUGGAGGAGGACGGUAAGCCGAUUUGCCAGUCUCUGGCCAUCGUCCGCUAUCUUGCCAAGAAAGCCGGGCUUGCUGGAAACAACGACUGGGAAGACCUGCAACUCGACAUCGUCUCGGACACCCUGGUGGAUUUACGCACGCCCGCUGGAGCAUUUGUGAGAGAGACCAAUGAAGAUUUGAAGAAAGCUAAAAAAGAAACUUACAUCAAAGAAACACUGCCUUUCUACAUGAAAAAGUUAGACUCCAUUGUGGGAGAAAACGGAGGGUACUUGGCAAACAAAAAAUUGUCUUGGGUUGAUUUUGUUUUUACCGCAACUUUGGUGGAAUUCCUGAACCAACACCUUGGAAUUCCUGACGUCACAGCAAACUACCCUCACUUGCACGCGCUUACGGAGAAGGUCCGGGCCAUUCCACAGAUCAAAACAUGGAUCGAAAACCGGCCAAAGACUACUUUCUAGACCUUCGCAAAAGAAGGCAUAACCGACAGCUCAGUCUUCAUAUAUGCUUGAGCACUUCAUAGUUAAAGUUGUUAAAGAGGGAACUGUGAUUGUCUAGUAAAUAAAUAAAUGUGAAUAUUA